AUGGCCUCCUCUUACUCAGUAGCUCCGGUCCAAAGUGAGCUUAAGAUGACCCUAUACAACAAGGAGGUGUAUUCUGGGCGGGAUAUUAACGGAGUAACCACUCUAGUGAACGGAGGGCCAAUUGGUACUACCUGGGCCUUCUCGUGGCCUGUAACCGAUGGGCCAGCAGGCGGUGCCGAUGCAACAAUCGUCGGCCAUCUUCAGGGCACAUGUGUCGAAGUAGCAAUUUUCCCCAAUUAUGUGUGGCACUACAACCUUGGAUUGGUGUUCGGGGAGAAUAGCAGGUGA